AUGUCAUUGAACUACGAUUCGGAUUCGCCAUAUUGUUUACGCGCAUUAAAUAAUUUUACUCUAAAUAAUCGUUUAAGUAACGGACGAACAGAUUUGAAAUACCGAUUAAAUGCCAGUGAAGUUUAUCGUUCAGCCAAAGUAUUAUUCACAAUCCGGAAUCUUGGUCAGAAUAAUACAGGUUUAGGAACUGAUAUUAAAAAGACAACUAUCAUUCCAAAUGUUCAAAAGCAAGAUAUCAACAGUUCUGUUGAAUAUCGAACAACUGCACAUUCAUCUCUAACACGUGAAAAUGAAACAGAAAUAUUCCUGGAAUCUUCGACAAUUGAAAACGUUUCGACCGAAGGCAUGGAAACUGGAAGGGAAAAAGCUACCAAUGUAUCUAAUGAACUGCUUUAUACCCCUCAGAAAGAGUCAGAAUCUUUCGAUUACAAUGAAUUCAAUCAACAGCAUGUCUCUUCGACAUCUUCAAUGGUCUUUCGUGUUUCAACAAUUCCUGCAUCAGUACAGCAUCAAGAGCUGGAUUCAUCUUAUCCCACAGAUUCAAAGGAACCGAAAUCAGAAAAGUAUGAACCUGUUGAUUUGAGCAAAACUUAUGAAGCUCCAGAGGAGACGAUAUUAUCAUCGGAUAUUAUAUCAAAACAACUCUCUUCCAGUUUCGUAAAUAAUAUAUCAUCGUUUACUGUCAAUACUACAUCCAGUAAAAUCACAGAAAAGCAAAAAACAAGUAGCUUUUCAGAAACUCAGGAAGUAGAAGGCAAACACGGAUUUAAUAUAAUCGGAACCGGCGAAUCCUAUCCGGAUUUAUUAACAAAUAUAGUAUCAUCUUUAAUUGCUAAACCCAAUAUUCCGAUAAAUCUUCCUGCUGCAAAUACAGAAUCUCAGGAAUCAGCUAUUCAAUAUUCUGAUGAUCAUCAUGUAAUUAAUAUUUUAGGAAACACAAAAAAUUCUUCUGGCACAGUAUUUCAGGCAACAAACGUUGUUGUAUCUUCCUUUAACAAGCAAUCUGUUAAGCCAAAGAUCCAAUCGCUGUUACCUUUUCAUUUUUCUAUAAAGAAUGGAACUGUCAUUUCUAAUAAUGGAUCAUCAGGUAGACAGAUAUCUUCAAAACAGGAAACCAUUCCCAAAAGUUUUACAUACUUUGGAUUUAAUACCGAUAAAAUCAAUAAAAGCAAUAUAAGCAAUGACAAUGUUACUACUACAUUGUUAGUAACUACUGAUAAACAGACAUUUGCGCCAACAAUAAUGACUUCUGAAGAGAUGCCUAUGCUCAAAUCUUACCAUAAUUUGUCAGUUGAGGAAAUUCCGAAUGUUACAAGUGAAAAAGAAAGUUUGGAUAAGUUUAACUCACAAAACGGAUAUAAUUCAGAGCAACAACCAUCACUCGAUGGUGGAUAUUAUCCGAAGGAACAGUAUUCAUUCUUAUCCAACUUAGAUAUUAAAGAUAGUAGCGGUAAUAUUGCCGAAAUUGAUGAACAGAAUUCUCAAAAUAAUGAUAUAUAUUCAACCAAAGUUUUCCCAAGCUAUCAAAGUAAAGAAAUGGUUGAACAUGGUGAAGUUCCAAUUCAAUUGGGCCAUACCGGUAUUUCUGAGCAGGAACAACAGAUUAAUAAAAUGACGAUGAGUUCCGAUUCGUAUCCAUCCAGCAUAGAUUGGCAAUCAACAUCAGCCUAUACAAUAACAAUUACGCCGUCAUCGACGCUGUCGACAAAUGGAUUCAAUGAUGUAAAUAGUAAAGAAUUUUUAAAACCGACCGAAAAUAGUGCCGAUUUAGCAGUAAAACAUUAUGCUACCGAUUUUGCCAGUGGUACCACACAGCCGAACAUAACGGUUACUGAUAUGAAGCCGCAGAUUUUUAAAGGAAUUCAUGAAAUUAAACAAGCUGAAUCAAGUAGUUUUAGUAAUGAAAGCAGCUCGAAAACCAAUUCUCAGCUUAUUUCGAACAAUGAACUUACAUCAUCAAACAAAGAUUUAAAAGAAAGUAUGCCGUCGGAAUUUUUGCAAACGAUGAAAAAAAUGCCAACAGAAAUUAUGGUAACACCAACUUCCAUUCUAGCUGGAAUUCAUCGAACUGAGAUACCAGUGAAAAAAAUCAUUCAUGAUAAUUAUGCAACGUCAGUGAAUUGGCUUGCAAAAUCAUCGAUGAAGCUUGGAAAAUCAAGUCAACAUGUUAUCCUUCCUAUUUCUGAGCUGAAAAUGCAUCCUGAAGUAUCUAAUACCUCUGAUCUGAUUUCAGUCACAAGCACCAUCAGGACAAAAGAAUAUUCCGAGGAGACAAUUAACACUUCCACAUCAGCUUUUCCUGCCAACAUACUGCUUCCAUUAUCUGUACCAUUGUUAGCUGUGACUGAAAUUCCAUCAACUACAGUAGUAGUACAACAUGAAAGGACCGCAAUCGAUCACUCAACUAUUGAGAAAGAUUCCGAGGUCAACUUACUUCAGGUCAAUGAAAAAACUUCAGAACCAAGUUAUCCGAAAUUAUAUGAAAAUGAGAAGAAAAUUGCAGCAGGUAACUACGGCCAUCAUUGGAAUUCUGAAUUUAAUACUGAAAUUUCUUCACCAAAAAUACUUCAGAAUCAUCUUUCUGAAAGAGCCAGUAAGAGAUUGUCCACCAGUUUAGUCCUGACCCAGAAUAAUUAUCUUCCCAAUCUCACUUCAUCACUUCAUACACAUUAUUUUUUUUCGGUCGGCAAAAGUCGAAAUUUAAUUCGAAAUGAAGGCCCACAAAAUACACCUAUACCUGGUUAUCAAUCCAAAAUAUCAAAAGGUUCCUUUCUUUACUUAUAA